CCCCUCCCCCCCCCCCACCGCGGGCGCCCAGCGCGUCCCGACCCGCUGCGCGAUGCCGGCAGUUUAGGAUCCAAAGCUUCUCUACUCAUUUUGUUGUUUUCUUUUAUAAAAGAGGAGGGGAAACCCCGGUGGCUGAAAGCCGGGCACACACACACCCACCCUCAUACCCCGACAAAAGCAGAUGCACUUUGACUUCUGACAGCUCUACCUCAAGCCGGAGAGAACUCAGCGGCGCUUUCCCUGCAACCCGAGCUCGCCGCGUCGUCCUCUUCCUUCUCCGUCUCCGUCUUAUUUAUUUACGUCCCCGUCACUGUUCUCGGUGACCUUCACUCCUUCGCGGGCUCUGGGCAGAAGAGUCGCUUUCGCACCCGCCUGAGACUCUUCCUCGCCCCAGGAGCUGCCGCGGCGCUUCUGUGCCCCGGGGCCCUGGGACUCCCGGGCUGCACACCACUGAGGUGCUUCCCGGUCCCCAUUUGCCUCGUUUCCCCCUCUUUUGAUUUUCUGGUGCGGGUUUUGGCCUCCACUGCCGAGUAAGCCUCCUCUUUUUGGAGGGCCUGGAGAGUUCGUGCCAGUCGUCUUCGGAAGUCACCUCCUCGGCCCUACCUGCUCUUCUCUCUCCGGGCCUCACCCGACCAAACCAAAGACCAUGGUGCACUGUGCCGGCUGCAAAAGGCCCAUCCUGGACCGCUUCCUCUUGAACGUGUUGGACAGGGCCUGGCACGUCAAGUGCGUCCAGUGCUGUGAAUGUAAGUGCAACCUGACCGAGAAGUGCUUCUCCCGGGAUGGCAAGCUCUACUGCAAGAACGACUUCUUUCGGUGUUUCGGUACCAAAUGCGCUGGCUGCGCGCAGGGCAUCUCCCCUAGCGACCUGGUGCGGAGAGCACGAAGCAAAGUGUUUCACCUGAAUUGCUUCACCUGCAUGAUGUGUAACAAGCAGCUCUCUACCGGCGAGGAGCUCUACAUCAUCGACGAGAAUAAGUUCGUCUGCAAAGAGGAUUACCUAAGCAACAGCAGUGUCGCCAAAGAGAACAGCCUCCACUCGGCCACCACGGGCAGUGACCCCAGUUUGUCUCCGGACUCCCAAGACCCAUCGCAGGACGACGCCAAGGACUCGGAGAGCGCCAAUGUAUCGGACAAGGAAGGGGGCAGCAACGAGAAUGACGACCAGAACCUGGGCGCCAAGCGGCGAGGGCCGCGCACCACCAUCAAAGCCAAGCAGCUGGAGACGCUGAAGGCCGCCUUCGCCGCGACGCCCAAGCCCACCCGCCAUAUUCGCGAGCAGCUUGCUCAGGAGACUGGCCUCAACAUGCGCGUCAUCCAGGUCUGGUUCCAGAACCGACGCUCCAAGGAACGGAGGAUGAAGCAGCUGAGCGCGCUGGGCGCCCGGCGCCACGCCUUCUUCCGCAGUCCGCGCCGGAUGCGGCCGCUUGUGGACCGCCUGGAGCCGGGCGAGCUCAUCCCCAACGGGCCCUUCUCCUUCUACGGAGAUUACCAGAGCGAGUACUACGGGCCUGGGGGCAACUACGACUUCUUCCCGCAAGGCCCCCCGUCCUCGCAGGCUCAGACGCCAGUGGACCUGCCCUUCGUGCCGUCGUCUGGGCCGUCCGGGACGCCUCUGGGCGGCCUAGAGCACCCGCUGCCGGGCCACCACCCGUCGAGCGAGGCGCAGCGGUUCACCGACAUCCUGGCGCAUCCCCCCGGGGACUCGCCUAGCCCCGAGCCCAGCCUGCCCGGGCCUCUCCACUCAAUGUCUGCUGAGGUCUUCGGGCCCAGUCCACCCUUCUCGUCGCUGUCGGUCAACGGCGGGGCGAGCUAUGGGAACCACCUGUCUCAUCCCCCCGAAAUGAACGAGGCGGCCGUGUGGUAGCGGAGCCUCGCACGGACCGCGGAGUUCGUGGUUGUACAGAAGCGAACUUUUAUUUAAGAAAAAUAGAAAAAAGGAAAAAAAAAAAAGCAAGUCACUUCCCCACACUUUCCUCCAGCCUCGGGGACCAUUUUCUGUCUGGGGAGACCAGAUGGAAAAGGGACACGAAAUAGGAUCCAAAUCUGCCUGGAGGUAGGGCUGGGAUCCGCGCUGGCUGGCAAAGUGCAGGACCCGGGCUCUCGAAGGGAAAUUAGUCCUCUCCCCACUUCCCACCUGGAGCCGGAUUGGUGGAAAGACAGCGCGGGCAUGCACUUCUGGCCGACCCCGCGGCGCAGAAACACCCACGUCCGCCGCAGGGGCUCACGGCCAGAGGUGACGCCAAGAGCCGCAGGGUGGGAGGCUGCAGCGGGGUGAGGGAGGUGAAGCGGCCCGCGGCGCUCCCGGGCUAGCCAGGAGGGUUUUCUGGCUCUGGGAAAUCUAUUAGUGUCGGUCUCAGAGUUCAGCAGCAGCAGCAGCGACAACAAACUUUUACAACUUCGGAAACGCCCGACCUGCUGUGCAUCAGGUGGGACUAUAUAUAUAUAUAUUUGGGUUUGUUUUGUUUUUGGUCUGUCUGGGUUUUUUGUUUUUUUUUUGUUUUGCCAAAAUUGCAAAAUUCUAAAUGUAAAGCCCUCAGUAUCAACUCUUCUACCUUCACAAAGCCACACACACACACACACACACACACACACACACACACAAAUAGGAUGGUCUCUAGCUAGACCUCUCAGUAAAAUGACUUGAACAUCAGCUGUAUAAGAAAAGUAUUCUACCUUCACACACACACAAAGUUAAACAAAAAAAAAGACUAUUGAACUAAAAACAGUCAACUGUUUACGUAUAAUGUUAAAUUCAGGAGUUCAGUGUUUUACUAAUAUAUCCUGUUUUGAAACCUCUUGUUCAGAAACAAAAUGUUUUGAGCAAUCAACCAAAAUUGUUCAUUUUCUUUUCCUGUAGAUGUUCUGACAGAUUUGCAGGGCUCACAGCUCACUGUGCUAGUAUGUAAAAAGGUGUUGUUUACACAAGGCAAAGAGAAAACACAGUAUCAGACACUUGCCAAAUAGAAUAAUUAUAGCACAAAUACUGUAAAGGUGCGUGGCACCACAACCUGAGAAAGUGUUAAAAAAAAAAGUGUUACAAGGUUUAAGAAAAAAACAUCUUUGCUAAUUUUUAGUCCUGUUGAACAUUCAUGGAAUUGUUAAUAUGACUUAUAUAGACCCACACAGGUUUUAUUUUUGUGUCUUUAAAAUAAAAGUCCAAAAUAUUUAAAUUUUAUGGUCAAAUAUGCAGUCAACAGCUGCUACUUUUUUCUUUAUAUAUUAAAUUUCUCAUAUGUCUUUUAUUGUUCUGAUAAACCUAAGCUUGUGUGACCUCCAGUGCAUAUUAGACCAUUCACUGUAUGAAAGAAAACAUGUUGAACAAAUUUGUGAGUUUAUAAUAAAAAUAGAAAAUCUGA